AGAUUAGGGUGAGCAAGGCCGAUUUGGGCAGGACAUUCGGUCUGCCAUUAAAGAAAAGGAGAUGCUUGAGAGAUGUGACGUUAUCGGAGGAGAUUAUUGAGUUUCUUGAGGACUUUGUUUCUAUUUGGGUGCUCUUGCAUGAGGAUACAUGGGUGAUGCCUCGCGAGGUGUUGAAUUGUAUGAAUAUGAUCAGGGAUGGAAAUCCCGAGAAGGUGGAUUGGGCCGGGCUGCUAUGGUUCAUGGUGGAAAGGGAGUUGACACGGGGAGCUGAACUGGAGGACUGUUAUUAUGCAGUGCAUUUGCAGUGUUUGAUUAAAUCACAGUGUGGCGAGGUUUUCAUUCCGCAAGAGCCUGAAAAUUUGGAGUUGGAUGAGUGUGAAGGUCAAGAGCAAGAUAAGAAUGCAUUGGGAGGACCAGACAUCGACUUGAGUGUUGGUUUGUUGAAUUUGGAGAAGAAAGAGGAGGUGGUGGAUGCCGAGGAUCAACAAGAGGAAGAAGAGGAACAGUGGCCUUCAGGCAGAAAUGAUGAAGAAGCCCUGAUGAUAUUGGAUGAUCAAGAUGAUAUGAGAGAAGAUUGCAAGAACCCAGUAGAAGAGGAAGUUAACAAGGAUGACUUCCAUGUUCUGUCCAAUGGCGAUGAAAAUUCGAUCGAGAGAAUAGAAGUUGGUGAAACUGUUUUAUCAUUGUUUACCACUGGUAAAGAAGGCAUGAUGAUAUUGGAUGAUCAAGAAGAGAGCAAAGACGAGAUGGUGGAUGCAGAAGAAGAGGAGGAACAGUGCCCUUCUGGCAGAAAUUAUGAAUCCUUUUCACGACCAGGCACUGGUAAAGGAGGUAUGAUGAUAUUGGAUGAUCAAGAAGAGAACAAAGACAAGCUGAUGGAUGCAGACGAAGGGGAAGAACAGUGCCCUUCAGGCAGAAAUUAUGAAUCCCUUUUACAAUCAGGCACUUGUAAAAAAGGCAAGACGAUAUUGGAUGAUCAAGAAGAAAAGAAAGAAGCGUACGAGAGAUUGGUAGGAGAGGAAGAGACAAAGGACGAAUCUCAUGUUCUGGCUAAAGAUGGCAUGAUGAUUUUGGAUGAUCAAGAAGGGUACGAGAACUUGGUAGGAGAGGAAGAUACAAAGGAUCAAUCUCAUGUUCUGGCUAAUGGUGAUGGGAACUUGUUCCAAAUAAUGGAAUUGAAUGAACCUGUUUUACUAUUGUCCACCACCGGUGAAGAAGGUGCGUUAUUCCUUGAUCAUGAGGAGAAGAAUGAAGAGAGCAGAGGUUUUUUAUACAAGGAGGGACCAGGAGGAGAAUGCAGAGAAGAGGAAGAGAGGGAGGAUGAAUUCUAUGCUUUAGCCGGUGGGAGUGGAAAUUUACAGCAGAGAAUGGAAUCAGAUAAAUCCCUUUUACAGUUAGGUACCACCACCCGCGAAGAAGGCGUGACAUUUAUUGAUCUUGAAGAGAAGAAAGAAGAGAGAGAAUAUGAUGAGAGGGAGAACAAUGGAAAUUCACUUCUGAAACUCGAAGCCUCCCAAGUUCCAUUUAACGGCGAACCCCAUGGUUCUGGCUGUAGCAAAAGAUGGGCUGAGGAGCACAACAAUUGUACGAAUAAAAGGCUGAGGGCAGAUUGUGUUCAACAGCCUCUUGAUUUUGGGACCACCAUGACUGAAAUCCAACAACUCCUCUCUCAUGCCAAGAUGGCAAAGGAAGCACAUGACCUGAGAAUGGAGCAACAGAUGCUUCAUCGCCAGACCUUGACCCUAGAGUGCCACAAGCGCGACACUAUAAUUGCGAGCCUCAAAAGGGCCAAGUUUGAAGAAGUGCAGAAAAGAGAGGCCGUGAUUCUCCGCCUUGAGCGCGAGCUUUCCACGAUGAAUAACAUCAUGAAUGGCUACAGGAAUGCUCUGAAGGGAGUCAAGCGGGAAUUCGUGCAGUGCAGGGAACUUGCUAGGAUCCGUCUGAAGCAAGAGGAGGAACGUAAUGCUAUGUCUUUAGUCCUCAAGGAGAAAGCCAAAGAGGCUGAUGAAGGCUAUGUUGUUGAGUUUGGGAUGUAUGAGGAUAAGGUGAUUGCUAUGAGUAUCAGGCUGAUGAAUCUCUCAUCCAAAGUUGAUGAACUCAAAGAACUUUGGGCCAGACACAAUGUCCUGAAGAAAGGUUCUGCUGAUGAAUGAGCAGGUAAAGAAAUGAAAGUAUCUUUU